AUGAAACUAAAGCUGGCUAAAGAUUUACUGAAAACUUCCGUUACUACUUUGACUGCAGCAAGUAGCAUUAUCGAGAAACUUAUAACUGAAGCUGGCGAGACUUUCACCGGAAAUGACCAUCGACCAUUAGGCGAUCACUUAUUCAAGAGUCCUGGUGAUACUAACAAAAUCAUUGUUGAGCAGAAGCGUAGUAGAAAACAUAAAACGGAAACAAAGACCGAGUCACAUUCAUCUCCAUCUCGGAAAACGGGAAGUAGUAUAGUCGAUAAUGAGCAACUGACCCCAUUUCAAAGUAUAUUCGGAGAAAUUGUAAAAGCUAAGAGCAGUUUACAUGAAAACCCAAUGCGAGAAAAAGACUUUGUAAAAUCAGGAAAAAAUUCUUUGCAACCAAACUCCAAUGACAAAGAGAGAUUCUCACAUCCUAUGGAUUUUCCUCACCAGGCGGAACCGUAUCCACAUUUAAAAGGAAGUGGUAAAAUGCCGGAUAUGAUGCAACAUCCAUCACCAAUGAACAUGAUGAAUUCCUUUGCAGGAUCUAUGUUGCCACAGUUUGAAUCGCCGGUACCGCUACAGCAUUCAAUGCCCAUGGGUCCACCAAACCAAGGCUUCGGUCCAGGACCAAACCAACAACGUUUCGGAAGUGGGACUGGACCAACACUUAACCGUGGAUUUUUACCUCAAGGUGAUCCAAGGAACUUCAUGAGUGGGUAA